AUGGGGCUGCUGCAAAAGGUGGCCACCCUGGUGACCGGGCUGGUGGAAUGCGUCGGCUUUGCGGGGGUCAUCUUCGGGUGGGCCUCGCUGGUCUUCAUCCUGAAGGACAACGGCUACUUCAGGGAGCGGUGUAUUCUGCUCUCCGGCAAGACCGACAACGCCACGGGCAGUUACAACGCAACGACGGAUCCCCUCUCCCUUGACUGCGCUGCCCAGGACGAGCAGUUCUCCCUCGUCUUCACCAUCGGCUCCUUCAUGAACAAUUUCAUGACGUUCCCGACGGGCUACAUUUUUGAUCACUACGGCACCACCGUGGCCCGCCUCGUUGCCAUAUCGCUCUACACGGGAGGGACGUUGCUCAUCGCCUUCUCCUCCGCGGAAUCGGCCGUUCUACUAUUUGCUGCCCUCCCACUGCUCUCUGUCGGGGGCGUCCUGUUCUUGAUCACCAACAUGCAGGUGGGAAACCUGUUUGGCAAACACCGCUCCACCAUCAUCACUCUGUACAACGGGGCCUUCGACUCGUCCUCUGCCGUCUUUCUCCUCGUCAAGUUGCUGGACGAGGCGGGGCUGACCUUCCGCAACUCGUUCUUCAUCCUGUCGGCCUGCAGCUUCGCCCAUCUGGCCCGCACCUUCUUCCUGCUGCCCUGGGGCCACAUCCCGUACCCCGUGCCUCCUGGCUACAGCUACGGGCUGGGCCGUCCGGUUCCCCGGUCUGACGGCGCGGAGGGGAGGUCGGAAGCCCGAGACGCUGACGGGAAGCCAGAGGAGAUGAACGGCGCGGAGAAGGACAGAGGCACGCGGGCCUUGGAGAAGACGGACUCUGCCACCUUUGAGCUCCAGCAGCCGGAGGGGCCGGGGGCCGCGGCACCCGCCGGGGUCUCCUUCCGGAGCUGCGUCCUGUCCCGGCUGUUCGGCUGUCACCUCAUGUGGCUGUCCGUGAUGCAGCUGCGACAUUACCUCUUCAUCGGGACCCUCAACUUCAUGCUGACCCAGCUGGCCCAAGGGGACUCCAACCAAGUGAGCAUCUACACCAAUGCGUUUGCCUUCACCCAGCUGUGUGGGGUGCUCUGCGCUCCCUGGAACGGUUUGAUCUUGGACCGAUCCAAAAGGAAGUACCAGGAGGAGGCCAAGAAGAAAGGAACUUCGGCCUCCACGGCGGUUCUGCGCUCCACCGUGCUGUCCCUGGCCCUGACGGUGCUCCAGUGUCUAGGAUUCUCUAUCUUCGCCUCGGUCCCUUACCUGCCCAUCCAGUACAUCACCUUCAUCCUUCAGGUUCUGAGUCGCUCCUUCCUGUAUGGAGGCAACGCUGCCUUCCUCACACUCGCCUUCCCCCUGGAGCAUUUUGGGAAAAUCUACGGGCUGGUGAUGGGCCUUUCAGCCUUGGUGUCACUCCUGCAGUAUCCCUGCUUCGCCCUCAUCAAGGGCCCCCUCCAGCAGAACCCCUUCUAUAUGAAUAUCACCCUGGUGCUGGUCACCCUCCUGGCCUUCGUCCACCCUGCCCUCGUAGUCCGGGAAUGCCAACGUCGGGAGAAACAGCCGGCCUAACGCCGUCGGCCCAGGGGCCCUCUCUCGGCCUCGCCGGCCGCUCUGCCCGAUUUUGGAGGGCAUCGGUGGCGGGGAGGGGGAGAUUCCAGGACCCGCGCCUCAUUUCCCAUUCCUCCCGGCUCGACCUACCCCGUCCGCCCGACCCGUUUCCCCUUCACGGUCAGCGCCGGGGCAGGACCUACACGCGGGAUGGCGGGGGGGGCGGGCGGACACGCCGGUCAAUAGCUCCACGGGAGCCUGGGAGGAAACGUUAUCAGGUCAAAUGCCAUCGACCCCUGAGGGAUUCCUCCCAGGGAUGAAGUUUUCUUUGCACGGGGCCACCGAUUUUAUUUGUAUUUGCAUUUGUAAUGGAGCGAAGAAAAACAAGA